CUUGGAGUGUCUAAUAAAUAUUUAACCCAAGUUUCCUCAUCUUUGUUGCUAGAGCUUGGUAGAUCCCCUAAUACCGACACAUCGAAUCCAAUGACGUUAACAGUGGUAAUGACGUUCUACAGAGUGAGGUAUGCUCCAAGGCGCGGGGUCCCAAACCAAGCAAAGGUUCAAACUGCCAUACACAUCGAGCAUUGA